AUGCUUUAUAACUACUACUAUAACCCUAUACUACGGCGCUUGCGCUGUAAGCUACAUAACUGGAAUGUUGGUCAUGCAAUGCAAUACGAGUCGCUUCACCACAACCCGUAAGCACAUCGCGGAGCUCCGAAGGACUUGGCCGCGAUGCAGGGGCAAGGUCAAAAUCACCGCCGCUGAUCCGUACAGCAACCCUGCGCUGUACACAAGCGAGGACGCGUUCUCCCUUUCAUCCUAUUGGGACGAACGGUACCGACGUGAGGGGGGUGCCCCGUUUGAGUGGUACAGAGACUACAGCAGCCUGGAACCAAUCCUAAGUCGGCACCUCGAUAAAUCCCGCCCAGUGCUUCACGUGGGAGUGGGCAGCUCGAGGAUCCAAUUCCAAAUGCAUCACGAUGGCUACCAGCGCAUUCUGAACGUGGACUACGCGCCUGUGUGCAUUCAGCAGCUUUCAGAGCUGCACGCCGGCUUACAGGGGCUAUCGUACGAGGUCGCUGACUGUCGUAGCAUGCCGCAAUACGCAGACGCGUCCUUUGGCGGCGGCAUUCUGGAUAAGGGCACGCUGGAUGCACUGCUCUGCGGUGACAGUGACGAGGCCGACGCAGGGGCCAUGCUGCAGGAAUGCCAGCGGGUGCUGCCCGCGGGGUCUUCGUACAUUGGUAUCACGUAUGCGCCGCCGCGGACCCGGCUGCGCUACCUUUUACUGCCGGGGCUGGACUGGGAUGUAUCGUUUUACGAAGUGGGUCAGCAGGGCUGGCGGGAGGGCCCGGUGGUGGUUGAGGGCAGUGCGCGGGAGGUGCUGGAGGCAUAUCCAAAGCAGGUGUACUCACAUUUUGUUUAUGUUUGCACGCGGCGGUAG